UCUUCCUCUCCAAAGUUUCCUUCUUCUAUUUAUUUCACUUUCUAUAUAUCAACUUGCCAUUUUAUUUCUCAAAACAUUUUUAACUUCUAAGUUCUAACCCUUCUUCACUACUAUAAUAAUUCAUAUAACAAAGUUCCUAUGCUAGCUAACUCUUCCUCCAGAAUAUUUCCACGUUGGUUCUGACACAAAGAGUUUAAAAAAAAACAUUUGAUAGAGGUUAAUUGAAGAAAGUGCACAUGGGAAGACAUUCUUGUUGCUACAAGCAGAAGCUUCGUAAAGGUCUUUGGUCCCCAGAAGAAGAUGAAAAGCUUUUGAAUUAUAUCACCAAACAUGGUCAUGGAUGUUGGAGCUCAGUUCCAAAAUUAGCUGGUUUGCAGAGGUGUGGGAAGAGUUGUAGAUUGAGAUGGAUAAAUUAUCUAAGGCCUGAUUUGAAGAGAGGAGCAUUCUCAGAGCAAGAAGAGAAUUCCAUAAUUGAACUUCAUGCACUCCUAGGCAACAGGUGGUCGCAGAUUGCAGCUCAGUUACCUGGAAGAACAGACAAUGAGAUAAAAAAUCUAUGGAAUUCAAGUCUGAAAAAGAAGCUAAAGCAAAAAGGAAUUGAUCCAAACACACACCAACCAUUCUCUGAGAACAAUGACAAUGACACACCAAAUAUUCAGAUUCAAAAAACCUCUGUGGGAUCCAAUGAAGUGAAGAAUCUAUUUGAUGAUACACCAAAUCCAAAUUCUAUUCCAAUGGAUAAUUGUAAUUAUCCCCUUGAAAUUAAUUCAAAAAUCAACAACUCGGUUAAUUGCUUCAUACCUUGUGAUAAUAUGGUUGGAUUAGGAGGAGGAUCAUAUCUCAAUUUUCAACAACUUAACUAUGGAAUCAAUAACAUGACUCUAUCUCCUCCAAAUUCCAACAGCAACACUUCACUUUGCUUCAUACCAAGUACUAGUGGUUCCACUUCUACUUGCUCUCAAAUGAUGUCAGAAUUAAAUUCUUCCACCAUGUUCCAUUCUAUGUACACAAAUCAUCCUUCAAAUUCUAUAUCCUCUGGUGAAGUUGAUGGGAUUCAAAACUGGGAAUUUGGUGCAAGCAAAAGCAGCAAUGGAAGCAGCAUUAAUAAUUACCUUGAUCAUCAAGUAGUAGAAGAUAUUAAAUGGUCUGAUUAUAUAAACUCUACUCCAUUUUUUCUUGGAAACAACAACACAUUUCAGCAAACUACAACAUCAACACACUCUUCUAUCUAUGAGGUUAAACAAGAAAUGGGAGGGUUCAUUAAUACAAAUGAAUCUAUUCAAUCAAGUAGCAGUACAUGGCAUCCUCAUUUUGAAGCAGAUAUAUAUAGCAACAAAGAUCUUCAAAGAUUUUCACUGGCUUUUGGACAAACACUUAAUUAGAGCUUCAUUUUCAUUUUACACGUACGUGAAAUCAAGUUUCAACCAAAAAGAAAGAAAGAGAUGCCGACAUUUCCAACGUGAAUUAUUUGGUCAGAAGAAACUUGUCCUCACUUCUGACCACAGGUGUGUGCUGUAAAUUUUAUUUUUUUCAUUUAAAGUUUUCUUUUUCUUUUUCUAUUGAUAUUGUAAAUGUGUCUGAUACAAUCAAAAAAAUUAUCAGCAUUAUGUUACAUUAUGAUUGGCUAAAUUAAGCUUCUUUCAUUUCAUCAUUAUUUUGUUCAUCAAACACAUAAGGCUUGUUCCAGAUUCUUCCAUUAA